AUGAAGCUGUGGAUGGAGAGUCACCUGAUAGUCCCAGAAACCCCUCCCAGCCCAAGGAUGAUGAGUAACCAGACAUUGGUAACCGAGUUCAUCCUCCAGGGCUUUUCGGAGCACCCAGAAUACCGAGUGCUCUUAUUCAGCUGUUUCCUCUUCCUCUACUCUGGGGCCCUCACAGGUAAUGUCCUCAUCAUCUUGGCCAUCACCUUCAACCCUGGGCUCCACAAUCCUAUGUACUUUUUCUUGUUCAGCUUGGCUACUAUGGACAUUAUCUGCACCUCUUCCAUCAUGCCCAAGGCGCUGGUGGGUCUGGUGUCGGAGGAGACAGCCAUCUCCUACUGGGGCUGCAUGGCCCAGCUCUAUUUCCUCACGUGGGCUGCAUCCUCAGAGCUGCUGCUCCUCACUGUCAUGGCCUAUGACCGGUAUGCAGCCAUCUGCCACCUGCUGCAUUACAGCAGCAUGAUGAGCCAGGUGUUCUGCAGCGGGCUGGCCACAGCCGUGUGGCUGCUCUGCGCUGUCAACACGGCCAUCCACACAGGGCUAAUGCUGCGCUUGGAUUUCUGUGGCCCCAAUGUCAUUAUCCAUUUCUUCUGCGAGGUCCCUCCGCUGCUGCUUCUCUCCUGCAGCUCCACCUACGUCAACAGCGUCAUGAUUGUCCUGGCGGAUGCUUUCUACGGCAUAGUGAACUUCCUGAUGACCAUCGCGUCCUAUGGCUUCAUCAUCUCCAGCAUCCUGAAGGUGAAGACUGCCGGGGGGAGGCAGAAAGACUUCUCCACCUGCUCUUCCCACCUCACCGUGGUGUGCAUGUAUUACAGCACUAUCUUAGCCUACAUAAGCCCGGUCUCCGGCUACAGCACGGGGAAGAGCAAGUUGGCUGGCCUGCUGUACACCGUGCUGAGUCCUACCCUCAACCCCCUCAUCUAUACUUUGAGAAACAAGGAGGUCAAAGCAGCCCUCAGGAAGCUUUUCCCUUUCUUCAGAAAUUAA